UACACUUUGUAUCGUGCUCAGAAUCUUUUUUCUGAUUAGGUACCGAUACGCGAUACCCGUUUUAAGUGUCUCUGUGGUUAACCCAUCAGCGGUCUGAUGAUUCUAGAAGCUCUAACCACAGUAUUAGCCGCGCUAGUGUCUUCUUAUCUAAUUUGGUUAGUUGCAAAACGUAAGCAAAAAGAUGGCGAACCGCCUAUAGUCCCGUUUUGGAUACCGUGGCUAGGUUCUGGACUUCAAUACCAAAAGGACCCAAUUACGUUUUUAAGGAAACAGGAAAAGAAAUAUGGACCAAUAUUCACUGUUUUUAUGGGUGGAUCCUACUUUACAUUUGUCACUGACCCAUUUACCCAUCCAAUUAUAGCAAAAGAAAGCAAAGUCUUAAACUUCCGGAUCUGUACAAUCCCCACAAUUAAGAAAGUAUUUGAUUUUACAAGAAGAGGUGUGGAUGUCCCAACUAUGGGUGGUCUCAUGGUUAAGUAUAUGCAGGGUCACUGGCUUGAAACCUUAGUCAGUAAAAUGAUGGGAAACCUUCAGAAGGUUUUGCUUCAUGGAAGCUACAACAACACUGAAUGGGCAACAACUGGGCUGCUUCAUCUCGUUGAAACUGUCAUGUGCACUGCCGGUUUCAAAUCAUUAUUUGGGGAAUACCCAGCAUCCAGUGGUGUAGACAACAACAAGUUACAUCACAAGAUUGUUGAAGAUUUUGUUAAAUUUGACAAAGCUUUCCCAUUGUUGGUGCAAGGUCGACCAAUUUCAUCAUUAAAGGGUGUUAAAGAAAGUCGUGCAAAUAUGUGGAAAUUUUUUACCAUGGAUGAAAUCCAUAAGCGAGAGAUGGUUUAUGAGAUGGUGGAACAAUAUGCCAAGAAAUUGGAAGAAGAUCAGGAACUUGAACAACUGAAGAAGGAACUUUAUUGCGUUAACUGGGCAGCCAUGUCAAAUACACUGCUGUCUGCAUUUUGGGCUCUGUACUAUAUCCUCAAGCACCCAGAAGCCAUGGAAGCAGCUAAUGUUGAAAUACAAAGAAUGUUGAAAGAAACUUCACAGUGUGUGGAUGGAAAAAGUGAAAUUAACUUCACACGGGAUGACAUGGCGAAAAUGACAGUUUUAGACAGCAUUAUAAACGAAACUCUUCGAUUGGAUAUUUCAUCAUCAUUGUUACGACAAGCUUUGCAAGAUUACAAUCUUAAAGUUGUGAGUGCAGAUCGCUCAUACAAGAUAAGGAAAGGUGACAAACUAAUGACAUUGUUCCAACUUACCCAUUAUGACCCUGAGAUCUAUGAACAACCGGAUCAAUUUAAAUUUGACCGAUUUCUAAAUUCUGACGGGUCGCCAAAAACUGAUUUCUAUAAAAAAGGAAAAGUUGUUAAAUUUUUCCUUCAACCGUUUGGUAGUGGAGUAAGUAAAUGUCCAGGAAGAUAUUGGGCGGUCACCGAACUUAAACAGCUUGUCAUUCUCCUGCUUUUAUAUUUUGACUUCAAACUUAUAAAUCCAGAGCAAGAAAUCAAAAUGGAUCAAAUUCGGGUCGCGUUUGGAUCUUUACCCCCAAAUAUUGACCCACAAGUUCAAUUCAAACGCCGCGUGAUUGUUUAAUCAUUGAAACUUUAUUUCUUCUUUACUAUUUAAUCAGUUCUGUAUAUCUUCAAACUUUUGCAAAAUAAAUCUGUGAGCUGCAUUAUUUUUAGCCUUUAAAAUACAGCAAUUCUACAGC